ACAUUCAUACAAUUAGAGACAUGAAAAGCAGUUUGAAAAUCAGUUAAAGUAUCUUAAAGAUCUCGUUUUUCUCAUGAAUAGCUUUCUCGAAAGAAUGAGUUCUUUUCUAUUGUGAUGGACGAAAUGGACGAUAUUUUACAAGAUACUUCUUUAGAGAAUGUUUUUCGAGAACCUGAACAUUUUCGAGAGCAAGUUCCCGACUUUGCUUAUACAAGCUAUUCUAGUCCGAAGCAAGGCUAUUCUUUCGAGAACAUUAGACUCGUUGGAAAACAUCCACUAUGGGGUCAGUAUCUGUGGAAUGGUGCAGUUUUGUUGGCAGAUAUUCUCUCUGGAGAAGCUCCCAUUCCUUCCGUAGAUAUCCAAGUGCACAACAACCGAGUAUUGGAACUUGGUGCUGGAGCAGCCGUGCCUUCGUUGAUGGCUGCGUUACGUGGCGCAAGUCAUGUAUUGAUAACAGAUUAUCCCGAUAAAGAACUCGUGGAAAACAUAAAAUACAAUGUUACUGAAUAUCUUCCAAUGGAGAUUCAGAAGAAUGUUAAAGUUGAACCAUUUCAGUGGGGAGAUUCCAUGUUUUUGGUUAGAUAUCAAAGAGAAGAAUGUUGUUUUGACAAAAUAUUUUUGGCUGAUCUCAUAAGCAAUCACUAUGCUCACCACAAGUUGCUUUUGUCUUGUAAGCAAUUGCUAAAACCGGAUGGUAUUGCCUACGUUUGCUUUAGUCAUCAUCGACCACAUGUCAUAGAAAAGGAUUUAAACUUUUUUCAUUUAGCGUUAUCUUAUGGACUGAAACCUACACAUCGGAUCACCGUACGUCGUGACUGUAUGUUCCCAAGUGAUAUUGGAUCUCAAGAAAUAAGGUCGCAAGUUCACUUAUGGACACUUUGUCGGAAAGAAAACGAUUGAAGUGAUUCCUUUUGAAAACUUGCGAGACUUGAAACAAUUGAUGGAUGGGUUAUGAUAAUAAUAUUAUUCAUUCUAUUUGGUCUAGUUCAAUGAGAGAAUAGAUAAACUUUUUAUAGAAACCUAAAUGCACAUAUGUAAAUGAACAACACAUUUCUAUA